CAACCAUAAGCUAUAUUUUGGUCAUUUACCAAGGCGUGUCCUCUGACCAACUGGCAGCUGAUACUGAUUAUAAAGGUCCCAAAUGCCAAGACCAAUGACGAGAAAUGAGAGCAUUCAGAGAGUUCUGUUUCUCAGAAAGCCUCACUUGUUGGACACAUAAUGAAGAGUCACUGACUGGAUGACAAGGCAACAUGAAUCAGAGGAGAAAGUUCCUCAGUCGAAUCAUUUGGGCGAACUUUCGCAAUCCUGGGUUAACUUUUGUGCAAUUCCUUGUCUAGUCUUGUUUCCUCAAGGGCAUUGUCACAAGAUUGCAGCCAUAACCGUGACCGUUUUCGACUUGUUAUUUUUCAGCUUUUUUUAAAAAAAAAUUUAACCAGGGGACACUGUCUUAAAGGUCGUUGCACUUAUUUCAUCAGAAAUGGAACUACUUGCACACAUGAACCAGAGCAUGGGUGUGUUAGGCAAUGUAUUGCGAAGUGUUUUUCAUAAAAAGCAGCUCUGAGGAAAAGCUUUAUCCAUAAGUUAACUUCACAGCUCCGUGAGACUGUCGAUUACAUAGCUCCCACUGGCUUAUUGGGCACGUGCAUUGAGCUAACUGCCCUGUCAAACUGUCUCGUCGGCCCUGGGCACAACUCUCUAAAGUCGGAGCGAAGGUGACAUGGCCGGCUCGCAGCCAAGCAUUCGCCGCUGGACGACGAAGCAUGUGGCGCGAUGGCUGCGCGAGGAGGGCUUCUGCGACUACGUGGACCUGCUGUGCAACAAGCACAGGCUGGACGGCCUGAGCCUGCUGACGCUGAGCGAGUACGACCUGCGCUCGCCGCCAUUGGAGCUGCAGGUGCUCGGCGACAUCAAGCGGCUCAUGGUGUCGCUGCGGCGCCUGCAGAAGCAGCACGCCGAUGUGCUCGAGGAGCUGGGCCUCAGCUUCGACGGACACUCACCACUGGGCAGCGGUGGUGGCGACUGGCUUUGUAACGGCGAUGCAGGGCGUGACUACGAAGGCUCGUCGGGCAAUGGCGGUGGGGGGUCGGACCAUCAGUACCACCAGUGUCACCAGUACAGCAACGGGAAGCACAAACAGCAGAUGAGGCGGCUGGACCCCGAGUACUGGAAGACGAUCAUGAGCUCGGUCUACGUGAUGUUCGUGUUCGGGUUCACCUCCUUCGUCAUGGUGAUCGUGCACGAGCGUGUGCCCGACAUGCGCACCUACCCUCCCCUCCCUGACAUCUUCCUGGACAGCAUGCCGAGAAUCCCGUGGGCCUUUGCCAUGGCGGAGGCGUGUGGGGUGAUCCUGUGCGGCAUUUGGCUGUUGGUUCUGCUAUUGCAUAAGCACAGGUCUAUCCUGUUGAGACGACUCUGCAGUCUGAUGGGAACGGUGUUCAUGCUGCGCUGCAUCACCAUGUUUGUCACCUCCCUCUCUGUGCCAGGACAACAUCUACAGUGCUCAGGAAAGAUUUACGGUGACAUGUGGGCCAAGCUGCAUCGUGCCGUGGCCAUCUGGAGUGGGUUUGGGAUGACCCUCACAGGCGUUCACACAUGCGGAGACUACAUGUUCAGCGGCCAUACUGUGGUUCUCACCAUGCUCAACUUCUUUGUCACUGAAUACACCCCAAGAAACUGGAAUUUCAUCCACACCCUCUCCUGGGUCCUCAACCUGUUUGGCAUCUUCUUCAUUCUGGCGGCGCAUGAACACUACUCCAUCGACGUCUUCAUCGCCUUCUACAUCACAACCAGACUGUUCCUGUACUACCACACGCUGGCCAACACACGUGCCUACCAGCAGAGCCGUCGCGCCCGCAUCUGGUUCCCCAUGUUCUCCUUCUUCGAAUGCAACGUCAACGGGCCUGUGCCCAAUGAGUAUUGCUGGCCCUUCACCAAGCCCACUUUCAUGAGGAGCUUAAUCGGGUAAACCAGGGUGCUGGUGUAGCUCCCUCUGGUACAAAAGCUGCUGGGAACGGGGUGAGAGAGAGAAAGGGAGAGUUUGUUUUUGUUUGUUUGUUUGUGUGUGUGUGUGUGUGUGUGUGUGUGUGUGUGUGUAUAUAUGUGUGUGUGAGCGAAAGAGAGACUGAGGGCCUUCAGAAGGCCAUGUGCUGAGAUUUGAGGUGGCAUGUUGGCGUGUCAAGAUGCCAUUUUGUUUGCAAUAUCUUUUUUUUUUAUAUUUAUAGUUUUUUUUUUUGUUUGUUUUGGGAGAGACAGUGUCUUUGUUGGUGUUUUUGUUUUUAGUAUUAUAACUACAAUUUGUUUCGGCACGUAGCCCAACCCUGCCAUAUUUCCUUCUGCGCACCACUCCGUGGCUUAGCAGUUGGAGUGGUUCCCCCUGCUGCGCUGGGCCUGGUAAAAGGGAUUAAGCAGAAUCUGUCGGCUCCUGGGAGCUCGAAAAACUUCAUUCAUUUCCCAAACCCUCGCACAAGGAUUUUAGGAACAAAAAGAGAAGGAAAAAAGCCACACUUUUUGAAAUAGAAUACAACUCAAACAGGAGAAACAGAACUUAAUUUGCCAUUAGACCGAUGAAACAUGCUAAAAAAAACUUUGAAUGGUGACUCAGAAAAGCCUUAGGAUAUUAAACAUAAAACAAGGUUUCCAUGGUGAGAUUGUUUAUGGUCAGUCUAUCAUGCAUGGCCAUUUUAUUGUGUCAACAUUUCCUCAGUAAACCAUAAAACAGUAUUAUAUGUACAGAAAUAAGUGGAAUGUUUUGUGUUAUAAAGAUUCCCAAGAUAUGAUACAUUCCUAAAACCCUGACAUAACAUUUCAUACACUAGAUACACUAAUUUUGGAGGACUUAUGAAACGAUAUCAGCUAUGGUCAAUUACUAACCAUGUGUCUCAUUUUUCCAUUCAAAGAAAUAUUUCAUUUAUAAGGUGAAGUAAGUUUUGCUUCUUAUUUGCCAAGAGUUUAAACUUGUGCACAGAGCUUUUGCAUUCCUUAACAAACUGCUGAUACUAUUUGAGUGGUCCUUGACUGCAUUUGCUAUAUAUAAAAAAAAAAAAAAACAGUUUGUUGUAGACUUUUUUGAAAUGGAUGCGGUGUUUGUAAAGCAGAAUGUCAGGUUUCCUUAUACUUGUGCUGUUGUUGUUCUGCCUUGCUAUUGCUGUCAACAUCAUUGUUUUUUUUUAAGGAUCUGAAUACUGUACCAAUGAUGAAGCCUAUUGACGCCAAAAUAUGGGGAGAAUAUGGUGGACAAACUUGUCUUAAUGAUCAUCCUGUUUGCCAAUAAUGUUUAGAUGUUGUAUAUUGUGUACACAAGGUUUAUUGGGUAAUGCUUUUUGAAGUGUUUUUUUUUUUUGCGAUUGAAUUUGCUGCGUCGUAGUUUCACGUUUAAAAGGUAGGGGUUGGUGUACCUUUUUUUGUUUACAAUUUACAGGUGCAAUUUGCAGCAUGACGAGAGCCAUGUAUCCCUGUUAAAAAAAAUGAAAAUACUGCAGCAAUGUUUGUCCUUCCCAGAUUCUUGGAAACUGUUUUGUCUUAAUUUAUUGGUGUGUAUGUCAAAGGAUAAAGGGUAUUUGUUUUCUACAUUUCAACAUUAUUUCAGAAGGUAAAAACUAACACUGGAAUAACUGCAAAAGUAAGUGGAGAAUUGUGUAUACAGAAGAAGCCACAUAACCACUUAAAUGGUAAAUUAUGUCUCCUAUAGUAAUCUAAUCUGCACAUCAAAUUUUCAACUUGUUACAGGUCUGGCCAUACAUGACUAUGUGUUUGGAUUUGUUAAAAUACCAUGGCUGAAUUUAAUUAUGUAGGCUCUUCUUUUGAGAUGGUUUUGAUCUACCUUAUCAUGUGAGUAGCAAUAAUUUGAUUAACCCCUGCUAGUUCUUAGAACGUUGAAUAGGCCUGUUGAAUAUUUCUGUAUAUUAAACGGUCUGUCACUAUUAAAACAGUUUACAGUU